AGUGCUCCAUCCGAACACUCACCAGUGUUUUGCCAUGAAGUCCAGCGGCCUCGCCCUCCUCCUCCUUGUGGGGUUCCUCACUCUCUGGGCUCUGAUGCCCCCUGCCUCUGCUCAAGAGAAGCCUGGAAAAUGUCCCAAAGCACCACCAGGUACUGUUGCCCCAUGCAUCGCAAAGUGCGAAAAUGACUCGGGCUGCCCUGGCCCCCAAAAGUGCUGCGACUGGGCGUGCACGAGAGCCUGUUUCGACCCCGUCAAGAACUAACCUCGUCUGAACUGCAGAAUCUUUGACAGCAGCCCGUGCAGAAGAAUUCCUCCUCUCAAAAAUGAAUGCACCAGCUUGGCCCCUGAUCUCACUUCCCUAUCCUGCAGUUUCUCCACCUGCGGCACCCCUAAUCGUAUUCUUAAGUCUGAAACGUCAUGCUGGAGGGGAAUCAUAAUUAAAGAGAA